AUGCAGGCGCGGGAUAACGACGAAUACUCAUACUUCCCUGGCCAACCUCAAGACGGGAUGUUCUCAUUUGCAGACUAUGGUGAAGACGCAGAUAGAAAUACGAGUACAAACGAUGAUGACAAGUCCCCGCUUUCCAGGUUUCUCCGCAUGACUGACCCACAAUAUGCGAUGCCGACUAGUAGUCAUGAGAACUGCAUUUCUCUGGCUCUCGGUACUGGUCAAUAUGGGGCAAAGCGUUUCCACCGAUUCUGGCUGCAAAUUUAA